CAUCUCUCAUCCUGCAGAGUCUCCAUCACCAGACCCGUUACACCCUCCUGCUGCCCACAGCCUCACCCUGCCAUGGCCAGGAACCGUAAGGAGAGGAACAGCUGGGGUGGGUUUUCAGACCGAAAUUAUGACUGGAGCUCCGAGGAGGAAGAGUAUGAGAAGAAAGCCCAGCCGGUGCAGGUGCUGGUGGUGAAAGACGACCAUUCCUUUGAGUUGGAUGAAGUGGCAUUAAACAGAAUUCUGCUCUCGGAAGCGGUCAGGGACAAGGAAGUUGUGGCUGUGUCUGUGGCUGGAGCAUUCAGGAAAGGAAAGUCGUUCCUCAUGGACUUCAUGCUCCGAUACAUGUACAAAACGGAGCCGGUAGACUGGCUGGGUGAUUAUAAUGCACCACUGUCUGGUUUCUCAUGGAGAGGCGGCUCUGAGAGAGAGACCACAGGAAUUCAGAUAUGGAGCGAGAUCUUCCUGGUGGACAAACCUGAUGGCACAACGGUUGCUGUGCUGCUGAUGGACACACAGGGGACAUUUGAUAGCCAGUCAACCUUAAGAGACUCGGCCACGGUGUUUGCUCUCAGCACCAUGAUCAGCUCCAUUCAGGUUUAUAACUUGUCACAGAAUGUCCAAGAAGAUGACUUACAGCACUUGCAGCUGUUCACAGAGUAUGGCAGACUGGCAAUGGAGGAGACCUUCCUGAAACCAUUCCAGUCUUUGAUUUUCCUUGUACGUGACUGGAGCUUUCCCUACGAAUUCUCUUACGGUGCUGAUGGGGGUACAAAGUUUUUGGAAAAACGUCUAAAGGUAUCAGAAAACCAACACGAAGAAUUGCAGAAUGUAAGAAAACAUAUCCACUCCUGUUUCACAAACAUCUCCUGCUUCCUUCUGCCGCAUCCAGGGCUCACGGUCGCCACCAAUCCAAAAUUUGAUGGCAAACUUAUAGAAAUCGAUGAGGAGUUUAUACGGAACCUGAAAGUGUUUAUCCCGUGGCUCUUGAGUCCAGAAAACUUGGAUAUUAAAGAAAUCAAUGGCAAUAAAAUAACCUGUCGUGGUCUCGUGGAAUAUUUCAAGGCCUAUAUAAAGAUAUACCAAGGGGAGGAACUGCCGCACCCUAAGUCAAUGUUACAAGCCACAGCAGAAGCCAACAACCUUGCAGCCGUGGCCACAGCUAAAGAUUUGUAUAAUAAGAAAAUGGAGGAGGUGUGCGGGGGGGACAGGCCCUUUUUGGCGCCCACUGACCUGCAACAUAAGCACCAGGAGCUGAAAGAAGAUUCCGUGAAACUGUUCCGUGGCGUGAAGAAAAUGGGGGGCGAAGAGUUUAGCCGGCGGUAUCUCCAACAACUGGAGAACGAGAUAGAUGAGCUCUAUAUUCAGUACAUCAAGCACAACGACAGCAAGAACAUAUUCCAUGCUGCCCGCACCCCAGCAACACUCUUUGUGGUCAUAUUCAUAACAUACGUUUUGGCCGCUAUCACUGGCUUCAUCGGCCUGGACAUUAUAGCCAGUCUAUGUAACAUGAUUAUGGGACUAACGCUCAUCACCCUGUGUACAUGGGCAUAUAUCAGAUACUCUGGGGAGUACCGAGAGCUGGGGGCAGUGAUAGAUCAGGUGGCAGCAGCACUAUGGGACCAGGGAAGCACCAAUGAGGCACUGUACAAGCUUUACAGCGCUGCAGCUACCCACAGACACUUAUAUCACCAUGCUUUCUCCACUGCACACCCUGAGGCUGCUGAAGAGCAGGAGAGGAACAUCUAGCUGUAGUUCUGUAUGGGGCCUGUGUUACAGGGCGAGAUAACAUUGAAUAGUUAGACAGAUGCAGGCUGCAUGAACGUCAGUGUCCACCAACUGGGAAAUGUUUACAGUGUCAUGGUAACGUAAUCAUGACUACAUCUUUAAGAGACGGUGUAGUACCAUCGCAUUCUCCAAUCGGCUGGUCUUCAGUGACUGCAGGACCCCCCCUGCUCAGGGCUCCACAAUGACUAGACAACCACCACGUGUCUGAAUCCAGGACACAAAACCAAAUGUUCACUGGCUGUCACUAAUUUAUUUUUAAACAAUAUAAUUUAUUUAUUCUAUAAUAUCUAUGCUUUAGGUCGUCAUGUAAGCUUUUUUUUUUCUUUUAAAUAUGCACUUUAAAUCUGAAUAAGAGUGAGUUUAUCGCUGGCCUACAGCGGCCCAUGUUACCGGAUGAGAGCACAGAGUGGAUGUCAUCUUGUAAUGUAUUGCGUUUACAACAACUGACCUGUGAAAGCAUUGGCAGGUGCUCUUCACUUCCGCAACUUUACCGCUGCCUGUACUUUAUUAUGUUGUAUAUUUCAUUGUUGUGCUGGUUAUGGAGACCACAAAGCAGCAAAAUGUUUUAUAAAAGGUACACCAACGAGGAUUGUGGGAAUGCCUUGUUGAUGUUGCAGUAUGUAAAGCAGGCCAUGUUUCUAUUGUGUAAUGCCCAAAUAAAGGCUUCUUAGCUCCUCUUCAAAUACUCCCACCAUUGAGAACCUCAACCUAAUACCAUGGGGAUGCUUUCAAUAUCCCAGCGCCGGGAUACAGACACCUAUUACCCUCUUGGGUUGUCCACGACACACCUGAGGGGGAGGGACAGACAAAUAGCGUAGCACUCACCCGAACCCGCAAGGGGAUUCUUUUGCAUUCGCCCCACUGCCGGCAUUCUGGCACCCCAUGGUUGGGAUUCUGACCUCCAGGAUGACUGGCGCUGGUCUAUAGAUCCCAACCCAUACCACGGUACACGGAAUGUUUAUAGACCCAUCACCUAGACACAGCGUUGGCAGCUAUUUGGGGAGCUUACAUAAGAAUGCAGCCCAUGAACUCACCAUCACUGGUUCCUAGUGAAUGAAUAUACUACUAUACUAGUCUCUAACGAAUAUAUUGGUUCGAUGAAUAAAAUGGCUGUCUACACUAUGUAUAUUUAAUAGAUCCACUACACUAAUUGUACACUCCCUUUCUUAUACCAUAUUGUCCUUCAGGCCAACUCCAUAGAUUUGAUAAAUGAGACACUAGAACAGAUCAUCCCAAAAUAUAAAUACUAAACAUAUUUCCUCUUGCUCAGGUACAUAAAGGCUUGGAUGUGUCACCAAUUUAAAUGGUCUUUGAAAGUGAUUUACUAAACAACCACAUCCAAGUCAUAUACACUACAGCUGAGAUUACACUGUGGUAAAUGCAUCACAUAUGGGACAGUUUAUAAUUGUGAACCUGAGCCUAUGAUCAUGGGAGAGUGUAAUACACACAUAACAUUCAGUUGCUAAGGAUUAAAAACUUUAUUUUCGCCGUGUAACAUAUACCCAUUACUUACUAGGGUCUGUAUGCAAAAUUACAUUGAACCUGGUUGGGCUAGAACCAGGCUGCGAACUGUUCACUGCACUAGGAGACUCACAGGGCUGAUGCAACGAUAGCCAAUCAGAACAUUUGAGUGUUUAGUGUUACAACAACCUAUAGCCAAUCCGAGCAUCAGAAAGUUCACAAAGGCGAAAGUAAGAGACAGCAAGUAAACAGCCCUGUGUGUAACAAGGGUCACAUAUUAACUUGAUCCUUUGCACAAACCAGAGUCCGUCUGCUAGACUAUUUAAGCAUUAGACCUACAUAAAGCAGUUGCGCCCACUCAGGUAGCUAACAAACUUGAAAUCACGUAACAGACAAAUUAUGUUACGGGAAUUUGUAUAUGUUUGAAUGUUACAGCAGAACUUUUGAAACUGGAUGAGAGGGGGAAGUAGUACCCCUUCCCCAAGCCCAGGCUGCUCGAGUCUUUAGUGCACAUGGGCCAUCUUCACAGAUAUCUCUGAGAAGAUGGCACUGGCCAAGCAAGGUAGGAAGCAGGUGCCCUCCCUUAGCCCCCUCCAUUAGAAUAACACCCCUUAUGGAGCACGCAAGGCCUCCCCCCAUUACUGGGGCCCAGCAUGGCUCCGUACGCUCCUGAAUACAUUACUCUAGUAGUUGCACCUAGACCUGACACGUCCCCACUAUUCCGAUGGAGAACAUAACCAGCGUUAGGGCAUGUUCACAUUGUGUAUUUGACUAGAGUGAUGUCCAUCCAGGUUCCGUCAAUAGGUCAUAUAUGCUAAAAGGAAUCUUUAUGUGCACUGGAAAGAGACAAAAGGUCUUAAUGUUGCACAACACCUACAUAACAUUAUGAUCCAAUAUGAUUUUGUAAAAUAAUCUACACAAACCUCCUUUACCAGAAGACUAAUGCAUUGUGAGGACCCCCCCCCCCGUUUCCCCUGUUCUCACACACAAAUAGCCGUGCAGCAGAUUCAAUCAGAACCCCCCCACCCCCCGAAUAUGAGCAAUAGCAGCUUCAUGUAAACUGUGAGAGCCCAGGAAAAAUGAUUUCACACCAAUGUACAGGUACGAGAGAGACGUAAUUGUAACAGACAUCUACUCAAAAAAGGUAGAAACACCAUAAAUUAAUUUUCCAAAUAAUACCCAUAGAACAUACGGGGAAAGGGGUUAGGAGGGGUAGGGGGUGGGGGGGUUGAAGUACUAAAAAUGCCAUAAUACAAUUAGAUGAAAAUGAAGUAUUUAUGCAAAACACUGAACAACUAUUAAUACGGAUUUGUAGAAAAAGGCAUACAUCAUCAUUUUAAUAAUACAAAUUACAUGCAUUAGUUGAGGUAUUGGAAGGAAAUUAAUUUGAAUGUGUUUGUGGUGAUAUUUAAUAUUCACAUUAUCACAAGUAUCUCGUUAUGAACUAAUAAGAUAAGAUAAUACACUUUGUGUAAAUUGUACUUGAUACCCAACCGUUAAAAACACUUGCAUAGUAAAUAUUGCAUUAAUGUAUAUGCUACAUUUUAGUCGCAAGGUUGUUUGAUGGUUAUAGUAAAUAUACAUAAUUUACAUAGCUAAUAUAUUUAUGAAGGCAUGGGGCGAUCUAUACGUUGUCAUUUCCCUUGAAAUCAGUACGUUGAAUGAACAGUAUGCACUGCAAAUGGCUUGAAAUCUUUCGAGAACAGUUGUCUUAUGUAUCCUCCGUGUCACCAAUAAACAUCUCCUCACCAGUC